AUGACAAGAAGGUCCAAUCCAAAUACAACCAUUGAAGAAGAUCUUGACAUUGACCAACUUGAGAUGACGACGAGGAUGAUGCAAGAAGAUCCGGGGAAGUUUGUGAUAACUUCAAAUAUCAAUGGCAUUCAACUCCACGAUUGCCUUACUGAUACUGGUGCUAAUGUUAAACUGAUGUCUCUUGCACUUGCAAAAGAUUUGGGAUUCAAGGAAUUCAAGAGCCCCAAGAUAAGAGUCGAGUUCGCGGACCUAUCGUGCAUGGAACCUUAUGGAAUGGUUGAAGAUGUCAUGAUGGAAAUAGGAGGUCGAUCGGUCCCAACUGACUUUCAAGUCAUGAUUUGGGAAGGCUCAAAGAGGUAUCAACUGAUUCUUGGAACCCCAUUCCUUGCUACAGCUGGAGCGGUCCUAAACUACUUUGGGAAUCAUCUAUCUUUUGGCCACAUCCGGCAAGAUAUCUUUUUCCCAAGUGUAAAUUUUAGGCAAGUGCCAAGUGCAACCAAGUUACCACCAGAAGAAGCCACUCUCAAGAAGGAAGCUAUGCUGCAUGGAGAAAGAAGAGAGAGUGAGCGCUACCCAAAACCAAAGGAGAAGAAGAAAACAUUGGAGCCGAGGCAUGAAAAUGUCUUUGAGGACAUUAACUCCAUCUCACUUCCAACCUUUGAUGAAUAUGGAGCUGAAGAGGAGACUUAUGGUGCACCUAGUAUCUUUCACAAGAUAAGGAUCUUUACAAAAGAUUUGGAGCUUAAAGGUGACCAAACCAUUGAAGAGAAGCUCGAGAGAACCAUGAAGCUUUUCCCCAAGGCAUUGGUCUUCAAGGAUGAAGUGAUAGAUGAUCAUGGCGCGACAACACCACCACAAGAAUCCACUACACCGGAGAAUGGAAAAGCUAAAGGGAUCAUUUGCCCUUCAGCCACUCUUCACCACGAUUGA